AUGGGGGCACCGGGAGAAUUUGACACGCACCCCAGCCGACCUACAAGUAGGGAGAUUGCACCAACAUCGACUGGAAUUUAUGAAACACAUGCAAAGCAAGGAAUAUCGCAUGAUGGGGUGGCCCUUCAGUCUGCCAACACGAUGCCCCUAGCAGAACUUCCCGAAGACAUGAUUGCUGAGUCUAUUGCGCUAUACUUAAAAUAUUGCCACAAGCAGCCAUUGUGGCUAUUCGAUCCAGUGGAUCUUUCCACUCCAAAAAAUCUUUCCAAGGAGGUUAUAUAUGGUAUCCUGAGUCUCGCUUUGCGCUUUUCGGAUAAUCACUUUCUGGAAGGGCGGGUGGACCAGAUAUGUCGCCAGUAUGCGGAAGCUGCUCAGAGCCUGAUCUCGUUUCGCAUUGCUCGAGGGGCAGUGCAUCUCUCCACGAUGCAAAGCCUCUGUUUGAUUGCCCUUGCUGAAUACAUUUCCAAUGAUACUCACCUGGCUUGGGUACAUAUUGGUCUCGUUACAAAUCUCGCAAAAUGUGGAAACAUCGACAUCGAAUUGCACGAGGGUCAAUCUACAUCUUUAUUAGAAGCUCGUCGAAGGUUGUUUUGGAGUAUAAAUUUUCUCAAUCAGCAGUUCGGCCCAAGGAGUCUGUCGUUGAAUAUGCUACAAGAUAUACAAAGCCCGAAAUAUAUGGCACUCAACAUCGACUCUCAUCGAGAGAUGGGGGUAUCGCCACCUCAAGUUCCUGAAGAAACUGGGUCGUUAUCAUCGAGAGGAGGCAUAUGGGUCUACAUGGUGCAAUUAGGCUCGCUUUGGAGGGAGGUCCAGCAUUAUGUUUCACAUUGCGCCAGUGGCCAUUUCACCCCACCAUGGUCUGUGGAAUCCGGUUAUUCUAUCAUUGGAGCUCACUUGAUGAACCUUGAAACCAAUUUCCCCACCUCUCAUCGAUAUGACUCUGCGAGGUUUCAAGAGCAGUCGAUUGAGGAACUUCAUGGUGAUCGUUGGUAUUGGAGUCCAUGGUUGUAUCUCCAAUUUACAUAUCACGCCGUCCACAGCGUUAUCAAUCACCCCUUCCUUUACUCGUGGCGACCUCAACAAGCCGCUCAACUAGCCGUGCCAAACACAUUUUGGAAGACCUCGUCAGAAUUGGCGUUAGUUCACACCACCUGGACAGUUCGCCUGAUUGACAUGAUUACUGAGAAGGACUAUCAACUGUCCGAUCCAUUCAUUGGCCAUCUGGUAGCUAUUGCGAUCACAAUUCACCUUUAUUACUGCCGUGCAGCAGAUCCCGCCGUUAGAGAGUCAGCUCAACGCAAAGUUGAAACUUGUACGCGGUUACUACACGACCUGGCCGCAAAAUGGCCCGUGUGCGAUGCCAUAUAUCAAAAAAUCCAGGAAUUGAUCCGAUCAGCUUUUGCGGCGAGUCCGAGCUCUAGCAACCAUCAGUCGCCACGAAGAACUAUAUCCAUUGACACUGCAUUGAUGUGGGACAUUCUUCUCCCGAAUUCGCCCCAGACUUCAUCGGCUCUCUCUGGGCAGGGUAUCUUUGACCCAUCGUUCUUUGAGUCGCCGAGAGAGAAUUAUCCAGAGAAGGUGACAGUUGAAACGGAGAUAUUCCAUCACUCCACAAGGACGGUUGAUACUUCCGAUGGAGGUCAGGCCCUUCCGCCGUGUUCGAGUACCGUCAGCGGUCGGCGUCCCUCUGAAGCCUCAGAUCAUGAAGUUUGGAAUGGAGACAAUCAGCCUCCAGUCAAUAAUCACACCAGUCAAGUUCCGGUGGCCCGAGAAACCCUGGGGUGGUCGGGGCCUAGUUUCCAAAGUGAUGUCUCCUUCAUGGAUGUUACCCAUGAUCCAUUCUACCAGUUCCAGGACCACGACCAUCCUUACUUAGGGGUUUGGGAAAUUGGAAAUUUGUAA